AUGAAACGAGGGUACUCAGAAUCCCCAUCCACCUCUCUUGGGCCACCUCAAUCCAGGUUGAAGCCCAACCCAGAAGGUGAUUCACAAUUCUUGGAGGAUGAAAGCACAAAAAUUUUUGCACGUAAAGUGGCAGAUCAUUACAGUGCAAGGACGAAUCAAACGCUGGAAGAACGAGAAGCUAGUCCAAUCAUCCAUUUAAAAAGCUUAACAAUUGGAUACUCCAUAAUGAUUAAGAGUGUCUUAAUUCAACUCUAUGCUCGCAGAGGAGAUGCUGUACUUGAUCUUGCAUGUGGCAAGGGGGGUGAUCUCAUCAAAUGGGACAAGGCCAAAAUUGGAUAUUAUGUUGGCAUCGAUAUCGCUGAUGGCUCAAUAGAAGAUUGUCGUACCCGUUACAAUGGCGAUGCUGACCAUCAUCAACGCCGUAAAAAAUUUACAUUUCCUGCCCACCUUAUAUGUGGAGAUUGUUUUGAGGUUCGCCUGGAUAAAGUCCUGGCUGAUGAUGCCCCCUUUGAUAUUUGCAGUUGCCAGUUUGCCUUGCAUUAUUCCUGGUCUACUGAAGCACGUGCACGACGAGCCUUGGCUAAUGUCUCGGCUUUACUUCGUCCUGGCGGUACUUUCAUUGGAACAAUGCCUGAUGCCAAUGUGAUCAUCAAAAAGCUUAGAGAAGCUGAAGGAUUGGUCUUUGGUAAUAGUGUCUACUGGAUACGAUUUGAUGAAGAAUUUUCGGAAAAGAAAUUCAAGUCUUCAAGCCCCUUUGGUAUCCAGUACAAGUUUCACCUGGAGGAUGCUGUUGAUUGUCCUGAAUGGAUUGUCCCCUUUCAUGUCUUCAAAUCCCUGGUAGAAGAGUAUGAUAUGGAGCUAGUUUUUGUGAAGAACUCACAUGAAUUUGUGCAUGAGUAUAUGAAAAAACCAGAAUAUGUGGAGCUAAUGCGGAGGCUUGGUGCAUUAGGUGAUGGUAACCAAGAUCAGAGCACGCUAUCACAAGAUGAAUGGGAAGUAGCUUAUUUGUAUUUGGCAUUUGUCUUGAGGAAGCGAGGCCAACCUGAUCAGGCACAAGCAAACGGUAGAAGAGACAAAGGGAAGAUGCAUAUAUCAAAAGAGGACAUAAUCAUGGAGAAGCCUCUGCUUGGCCAAAUGGGAAAGGGAAGAGAGCUCAACUCCCCACACUGUUCUACUAGCUACUUGUAG